UCACUUGUGAAGUAAUAUGCUGAAAAUUGCUUGCUUUUGUGCUGAUGCAUUGGUAUAUAUUUUAAAGCUUGGCCUUUUCAAUUUUGUGUUUGGCCUAGAUGGGCUCAUUAGAUGUGUCACCAAUUUGGACCUGGUUUCAAACUACUCAAAUGUAGCUGUGUCUACAAACGUUACCAUUCAGAUCCUUUGGGCACAAGAGUGAUUUUGCUCCCUGAAAGGAGAACUGUUUUUCCCAUUAGAAUGAAUUAGAGGAAUAUGUUUCUACCAUUUGUAUUUAUGUGUGAAGUUAAUGCGUUGUCAAAAUGGGAAAACAUCUAUUCUAUAUGAAAUUUUUUAUUUUGAGUAAAUACACCUAACAAAGAAUAAAAAAUAAAUGUUCAUUCAAGGUGCCAUGGCUAAAUGACUUUUAAGAAUCAGCAUCUGAUAAAUAUUUAUCCAUGUUUUAUUCAACAAUGAAGUAGGUCUUAUGAGGAAAUCUAAGCUCAUGAAUGAUCUAUAUUUGACUGAAUAAAAUGGGCUUGUAUUUUAGGGUAGCUUGUGUAAGGUUCAUUGGUCCAUCCUAACAUGUAAAUUAAUAAUAAUGAACAAUGAUGCUUUUAUAUGAUUACCUAAUUUGUUUGGUAAAUUGAACCUCCCUACUCAAACUGAGAAAUUGAAUAUGAAUAUGGAUAUAUUUUGAACUUUCAAGAUUAGGUGGUACUCUUCUGCUAUGUUAUAAAUAAUGAAGAUGUAUAUUUUGUAUUGACAAUCAUAUGAAUCAUAAUUUGGACUGCCUCUGAAAUUUCAGAAAUUCUAUCUCAGGUUUUGUUAAUGAAUAACGGAUAUGCUUCUUGGGGCCUUGUAACUUGAGGUGAGUUCUUGUUUUCUUACCUGUGUUAAUUCUUGUGCAUAACAUCUAUCUGUAGUUCAACUGACUUCAUUUGCAUUUUACAUCUAUUGUACAUUUUAAUCUCUUAAUCAGCAGGUAGGCUCAUUUUGAUCUGUCAUAACUAGAGCACUUGAUUCAGGCCGUGGGAAUGCUGAACCUAAUCUUCUCUCAACUAGCAUGCUGCUGCUUUUCCAGCUAAUGAAUCAAGGAAGGAUUCCUUUCCAAAAUUGCAUGGCUGCUAAUUCAAAAAUUCAAUAUAAGUAUCGGCAUCUUAAUAAAACUUCAACAAGUUU